AUGACCGACCGAGCCUCGUUGAUACAGCAGGUCUCGGCCAUCACGGGCUGCAACGAGUUCCAAGCUGGCUUAGUCCUCGAACGAUCCAACUGGGAUACAGAGAGGGCCGUCAACUCGUUCUUCGACGAUCCGCCACCAGAGAGACCAACCACGCAGAGCUCCUCUACUGCUGUAGUACCCUUUCAGGGCGACAAUUCGGGACAGACCGGCGCAUCAGGAUGGACGCCUUCGACAACGCCGGCUUACGGUCCGCCUCCAGGUCCUCCGCCAUCGUCGAGUCAGGGUUGGCGUCAGGACGACCAGGGCAUCGUAUCGCCCCUGCCCGUACGACCGCGCAACAGCCCUUCCAAUCCCGGUCUCAGCGACGUCAUCGAUCUCACCCAAGAUGCAGAUACCGACGAAGACCUCAGGCGCGCCAUGGCCGCCUCGUUGCAAGACCAACAGACCUAUCGUCCACCAGCGCCUUCAAGCACAGUUGGUGUAAGUGCACACAGUUCAUCACCGAAGCGUCGCCGGUCGCGAGCCAACGGAGACGACCCGGAUUGGAGUCCGGAUGACGAUGCCGUCAGGAGCAGUCGGGUUAAGGAAUCGCCGAUGGAGGAGAUCGAAGACAAUGGGACAGGUGGUGUCGUGCCUGGCAGUCAGCAGAGCACUCGGCGCAACGGGCAUACAUACGGUCUGCGCGAUCGGAGCAAACUAUCGAAACCUGCUCCUGUCGCUCCAAUUUCGGACGCCGUGUUUCAGUCUUCCAGACGACCAAGGACGUACGGCCGGCGAGCCACUCGAGGCUCUGGGGAACGAGCGGCGCGGGGGCGGAAAGGUCGAGGCAGGCGAAGCUGGUCCAUGGACAUUGGCAUGUCGGAAGACGAGCAAUUACGACAGGCACUCGAGGCGAGUGUACAAAGCCACCAGGAUCUGCUGCACACCAGUGGCUCUGGCGCCAGAUCGCCGGCGCUGCCACAGCACCUCGAGACCGACCUGCACACUCGACGGCUGGCAGGAGCGCCCAUCGCCAUGGUGGCUCCCUUUGCCUCGCUCGAGGUGGUUGCCGCGCUGCUCCAGGCUCUCUUUGCUGCGCCCCCCGUGCGUCGAGCAUACCUUGCCUCACGACCAGCCGAUCCUCGCAGCGCCGAUCUGUCCAACUACUGGAAAGGCGCUGCGUCGACCGACGCCUCCUCGGAGCCGAGCCAACCGCAGCUCGAAGCGCACAUUGAGCUGGCGCAGCGCAUACAGACGCUGUUUGCGUUUGCGCAGCUCUCCAACAGACCGCUGUGCGUCGUGAAGAACGUCACGAGCCUCGCACCCAGCGAGACGAUCGCGCGGGGUGCUGAUCAUUCCCCGCCAGCCAAAGUGGCCAGCCUGUUCUACGAGUUUCUCGUCGAGAGCUACGGAAAGCACGUCGCAUCGGUGAGCGAGCUCAUCUUAAAUACGCCGGGGGCUGAGGCGGUCGAGACGGAUGCGCUGUGGAUGGACGAUUCGCUCUUCCUUUCGAGCGGGGCCGCUGCCUUGACCCGGCCAGCUUCGCCUCAGCAAAGCGCAUCGGGGCCGAGUCGAUCCGCACCCAAGGUGGAGCAGCAACGUAGCUUCAUUCAGAUCCGACACGAUUCGGUCAACACGGACACGUAUUCGUGCUUGCGCGCCGCACUUGCAUCCGACGGCGAGGGUGCGCUGCUCACGCGAACCGCGCGUACCAUCAGCCUGGGCAUCGAGCACGUGUCAUCACUCGAUGCGGAUGUGCCACCAUUCACGAUCAACGAGCGCAUGCAUCUGGACUCGCUCAUGUGGGACCGUCGGCAGGGCAUGCGAUUGGAUGCCGAGCUGCGCGAUCUUGAGAUGGUGCGCCUCGAUGCACUGCGUCAAGAGCUCGAAGCGCGCAAGCGCAAACUCCUUGGCGACAGCGGCAGGCCCAGCACAGAGGUGCUGCAGGGCGCACAGCGGUACUUUGAGCAGGUUGCUUCGGCUGUUCCUGGUGCCGAUGCCAUCCGCUCGGCGUCGCUCAGCGAAGCGGCACCUCAGAUCACCAAGAUUCUCGAGGCGGUUCGGAUGGAUCUGGCUGAAACCGACCGAUUGAUCGCCAAGAUCCGCGCGCAGAUCGAUGCCAAGCGUGCGGCAGUGGCCGAGCAGGCUCGGCGCGAGGCAGCCAAUCCCGAAUGGACGCAGCUUGCAUACGAUCUGUGUGCGGUGCUGUGCCAUGAGGGCAAUCGGUGCAUCUCGUACGUCAAGCAGCCCGAUGGCACGUGGUGGAAGGUAGCGAGUGGCCGCGCAGUGCAGGUGCAGCGCGAGGAUGUGGUCAUGGGCAGACCGCAAGAUGCAUCGCUCUCGGUCUUCUGGGUCGUCUAUGCGCGCGCCGAGGAGGCGAGUCAAGCGAUGCCAACAGUGGAGGACAACCUCAUCUCGGACGACGUCAAGGCUGUCAUUGCAGACGACAACCUCACGUACGAGUCGGAGCUGCUUUCCUUGAUCCGUUCCGAUGCAGCUACACCGUCAUCCACCGCCUCUGCAGGGGAUAUUGUCGCAGAGCCCGCGAACCAAGGCGUCGCAAAUCCAAACAGCGGUCCUCGGGACGAACUGCAAGACGUCACGAUGGGCAUUGAACCAGACAACACCCCUGCCGUGGAAUCGGCACCACGGCCUGUCAACGAGAGCUGA